CCUGCUGGGUGUACCAAGAUGGCGGAUGCGGAGAUCCACAAUGGGACACGUGGGGAUUUUAACUCCACGCUGUUUACCACCCUGGCAAUUACAACGAAGCUGGUGUUACCCACGCCUGCCAAACCCAUUAUCCCCGUACAGACUGGGGUGCAGGCCCAGCAAGAGGAACAAUCCAGUGGAAUGUCCAUAUUCUUUAGCCUCUUAGUGUUAGCUAUUUGCAUCAUCUUGGUGCAUCUGCUUAUAAAGUACAGACUCCACUUCAUGCCGGAAAGCGUUGCUGUUGUGUCAUUAGGCAUUCUAAUGGGAGCCGUGAUAAAGAUCAUCGAGUCUCAAAAACUAGCAAAUUGGAAGGAGGAAGAAAUGUUUCGCCCAAAUAUGUUUUUUCUUCUCUUGCUUCCUCCCAUAAUAUUUGAGUCUGGUUAUUCCCUACACAAGGGUAACUUCUUCCAGAAUAUCGGCUCCAUAACCCUGUUUGCCGUGUUCGGUACGACCAUAUCGGCCUUCAUCGUAGGAGGGGGCAUUUUUUUCCUAGGCCAGGCUGACGUCAUUUACAAGCUUACCAUGACGGACAGCUUCGCGUUUGGCUCUUUAAUAUCGGCCGUGGACCCGGUAGCCACCAUUGCCAUCUUUAACGCGCUCAACGUGGAUCCUGUUCUUAACAUGUUGGUGUUUGGAGAAAGCAUUUUGAAUGACGCGGUCUCCAUUGUUCUGACCAACACGGCAGAAGGUUUGACCAGAGGGGGGGAUAUGUCUGACGUGAACGGCUGGAAGACCUUCGCGCAGGCUUUGGGGUACUUCCUGAAGAUGUUCUUUGGUUCUGCAGCCCUGGGAACUCUGACCGGCCUGAUUUCUGCUCUGGUCUUGAAGCAUCUGGAUUUGAGGAAGACGCCCUCGUUGGAGUUCGGAAUGAUGAUAAUCUUUGCUUAUCUUCCAUACGGGUUAUCGGAGGGGAUCUCGCUAUCAGGUAUCAUGGCCAUACUGUUCGCCGGCAUCGUCAUGUCCCAUUACACGCAUCACAACCUGUCUCCGGUUACACAAAUACUGAUGCAACAAACUCUACGAACCGUUGCCUUCCUGUGCGAAACCUGCGUUUUCGCAUUUCUUGGUCUCUCGAUAUUUAGUUUUCCCCACAAGUUCGAAAUGUCCUUCGUGAUCUGGUGCAUUGUGCUGGUGCUGCUGGCGAGAGCUGUGAACAUUUUCCCCCUUUCCUACCUGCUCAACUUCUUCCGGGAUCACAAGAUCACCCCGAAAAUGAUGUUCAUCAUGUGGUUCAGCGGUCUGCGGGGAGCCAUUCCGUACGCCCUCAGCCUUCACUUGGAGCUGGAGCCGAUGGAAAAGCGUCAGCUCAUAGGCACGACCACCAUCAUCAUCGUGCUUUUCACCAUCUUACUGAUGGGCGGGGGCACCAUGCCGCUCAUCCGGCUCAUCGACAUCGAGGACUCCAAAGCGCGCAGGAGGAGUAAGAAGGACGUGAACCUCAGCAAGACCGAAAAAAUGGGCAACACUAUUGAAUCAGAACAUUUAUCAGAACUGACAGAAGAGGAGUAUGAAGCUCAGUUCAUCAAACAGCACGACCUCAAGGGUUUCAUGUGGUUAGAUGCCAAAUAUCUAAAUCCAUUCUUCACCAGGAGGCUCACCCAAGAGGACCUUCAUCAUGGCCGGAUACAGAUGAAAAGCCUGACAAACAAAUGGUACGAAGAAGUGCGUCAGGGACCUUCUGGAUCUGAAGAUGAUGACCAGGAGCUGCUCUAGAGAAAGGCCAAGGAAACCCCUUCAUCAUUCUGAGGACCCUCCUCUCACCAGCAGGACACCCGUGGGGGACACCGGAGGCGCAUGCGGCACGGCGGCGAGCCCAUUUUACUUACCUUUGUUCACUUGUGAUAAAAAAUG